GCGUAGGGUUGAAUGGGAACUAGUUUAUAUGUUCGUCGUUUCCGCCCGAGCAGCGUUCACUGGUGCACCAACGCAAAAUGGCGAACCACCUUCGCUUCGUUGCCCGGACAGUGAUGGUUCAGGAUGGAAACGUUGACGCCGCAUAUAAAGCUCUUAAUAGAGUGUUAUCGCUGGAUGGAAUCAUUGAAACCGUAAAGCGCAGGCGCUACUAUGAGAAGCCGUGCAGGCGGAGGCAGAGGGAGAACUACGAGAACUGCAAGAGGAUCUACAACAUGGAGAUGGCACGCAAGCUCUCAUUCGUCUCCAGGACAAACCGACAAGACCCGUGGCUGGGGUGCUGACCAGCACUGAAGAUCAUCACCACGUACAUUCAGAGUGGACAGCUGGUGUGAAAACAUGCUUAUCUAGAUGGAGAAAGGAGAUUCACUCGUACAUGAAAACAUUAUGUAACACUGAUGAUCAUGUUCUGAUGGUCUGUUAGUUUUCUGAGAUUUUAAUUAGAAAAUGUUUAAAAAAAAAAGUUGUUCCUGUGGACUUUACUCACAAUCUGAAAUGAACCAUUUAGCAUCCAAGCCUUUUCGUAACUAUUAAAUGUCUCUGGGAAAUGAA